CCGCUCCGUGCCGCGCUCAUGGGCCGGCCCUGGGCGCUGCUGUGGUGCCUGGGCUGCCUGAGCGGCAUCCCGGGCUCCUCCGGCGAGCACUACCGGUACCUGUGGAGGAGCUGCUACCCCUGCUACCUGGGGCGAGCGGGGUACCCCGACCUGCGGCCAGAUGUUGACGAAUGCCAGGUGCACAACGGGGGCUGCCAGCACCGCUGUGUGAACACCCUGGGCUCCUUCUACUGCGAGUGCCAGCCCGGCUUCCGCCUGCACACGGACGGCAGGACCUGCCUCGCUCUGAACUCGUGUGCCCUGAACAACGGUGGCUGCGAGCACGACUGUGUGCAGGUGACCCUGGCCCAGCACCGCUGCCAGUGCAGGCACAACCACCAGCUGCACGAGGAUGGCAAACGCUGCAUCCUGAGGAACCCGUGCUCUGACAGGAACGGGGGCUGCAUGCAUCGCUGCCACAGCCACCGCGGCCGCGCCCGCUGCGAGUGCCACCCCGGCUACCUGCUGGCCCCUGAUGGCAAGGCCUGCCAAGAUGUGAACGAGUGCCUGACAGGGCUGGCCAUGUGUGCACACCAGUGCCUCAACACCCGGGGCUCCUUCAAGUGCACCUGUAACCCGGGCUACGAGCUGGGCGCGGAUGGCAAGCGCUGCUACCGGAUAGAGAUGGAGAUUGUGAACAGCUGUGAAACCAACAAUGGGGGCUGUUCCCACACGUGCCACCACACCAGCUCUGGCCCAGUCUGCACCUGUAACUUUGGCUUUAGGCUGGAAGAGGACCAGAAGUCGUGCACUGAUAUCAAUGAGUGUGACACGGGUUCUCACUGCUGUCAGCAAGACUGUUACAAUUACCCUGGGGGCUACGAGUGCUCCUGCCAUGCCGGGUACAGGCUCAGCACGGAUGGCUGUGGCUGUGAUGCCAUCGAGGACACGGUGGAGGCCCUGGAUGGCCGGCGCCCCGUCAUCCGCCCCAUCCCUCACGUGGCCAUCCUGCGGGAUGAGUUCACCCAGCUCUUCAACGACGACUACGAGGAAGAGGAGGAGGAGGUGGAAGCACGAGGGGAGCACACGCUGUCAGAGAAGUUCGUCUGCCUGGAGCACACGUUUGGCCCCGAGUGCAGCCUGACCUGCGACGACUGCCAGAACGGAGCCACGUGCGGCGCCGAGGGCAGCGGCUGCCUCUGCCCGGCCGGCUGGGCUGGCCUGCUCUGCAACCAGACUUGCCCAGCCGGCACCUUCGGCGUCAACUGCAGCCAGAGCUGCCGGUGCCAGAACGGCGGCACCUGCGACCCUGCCAGCGGUGCCUGCCGCUGCCCGCCCGGCGUGGCCGGAGAGCUCUGCCAGGAUGGGUGCCCCAAGGGAUUUUUCGGGAAGCACUGCAGGAAGAAGUGCAACUGUGCCAACCGGGGUCACUGCCACCGGAUCUACGGCGCCUGUCUCUGCGAUCCCGGCCUGUACGGCCGGUUCUGCCACCUGGCGUGCCCCAAGUGGGCGUUUGGGGCCGGCUGCUCAGAGGAGUGUCGGUGCCUGCAGCGCAACUCGCGGGACUGCGACGCCAGGGACGGCUCCUGCCGCUGCAAGCCCGGCUACCGCGGCCAGCGCUGCCAGGACAGCUGUGACCCUGGGUUUUAUGGGGAUGGCUGCAAGAAGAAGUGCAGCUGCUCUCCAGGAGUGCCCUGUGACCCUGUCACCGGGGAGUGUCACAAGGAGUGUCCCCCAGGCUACCACGGCGAGCACUGCGACCAAGAGUGCCCUGAGGGGACAUUUGGGCCAGGCUGUCAGCAUCCCUGUGCCUGUGGAGAAGCAUCCUGUGACAGGAGCACGGGGCAGUGCCACUGCCCCCCUGGCUGGACAGGACACGACUGUGCCCAAGCCUGCCCUGAGGGUCUCUGGGGGCCGGGCUGCCAGGAGAUCUGCCCUGACUGUGCCAACAACGCCAGCUGUGACCGCGCCACCGGAGCCUGUCUGUGCCCACCUGGCUACACCGGGCAGCGCUGCCAGGAUGUGUGUCCAGCCGGCUGGUUCGGCCCUGCCUGCCAGCUGAGCUGCAGCUGUGGCAACGAGGGACAUUGCCAUCCGGUGACGGGGACGUGCAGCUGCCCGCCCGGCUGGACGGGGCACCACUGCCAGCGAGCCUGUGACCUGGGGCGUUGGGGCCCUGACUGUGCCCACGCCUGCAACUGCAGCAACAGCGACGGCAGCUGCAGCGCCGAGAGCGGGCAGUGCCUGUGCGAGGCCGGCUACACGGGCACCCACUGUGAGCAGAAGUGCCCAGAAGGGUGGUUUGGGCAGAGCUGUCGGCACCAGUGCCAGUGUGACAAUGGAGCCACCUGUGACCACGUCAGUGGGGCCUGUACCUGCAGCCCAGGCUGGCGAGGAACCUUCUGUGAACAUGCCUGCCCUGAUGGAUUUUACGGACUGGAGUGUCGACAAGCCUGUGACUGCCUGAAUGGUGCCCACUGUGACCCUGUGACCGGACAGUGCCAGUGUCCCCCAGGCUGGACUGGUGCCCGCUGUGCCCAGGCGUGCCCGGAGAACAGGUACGGCCAGAACUGCAGCCUCACCUGCCACUGCUUCAACAACGCCACCUGCAGCCACAUCAGCGGCCUCUGCCUCUGCUCCGAGGGGUGGACAGGACCCUCGUGCCAGCAAGCCUGCCCGGAGGGGUUUUAUGGGAAGAACUGCCAGCAGCGCUGCCUCUGCCACAACGGCGGCACCUGCGACCCGGCCACGGGGACCUGCGCUUGUCCUGCGGGCUGGACCGGGCUGGCCUGCGAGCUGGCCUGUGCCCAGGGGCAGCACGGCCUGGAGUGCCAGCAGCGCUGUGAGUGCCAGCACGGGGGGCUCUGUGACCGCCGCACCGGGCACUGCCUCUGCCAGCCCGGCUGGACCGGCGACAAGUGUGACACAGCUUGUCCAGAGGGGCUGUUUGGGGCACGCUGUGAGGAGCUCUGUGACUGUGGGGACAACGUCUCGUGCCACCACGUCACCGGUGCUUGUGACUGCCCCCCUGGCUGGAGGGGCCGGCGCUGUGAGAAAGCCUGCCUGCCAGGUUUCUUUGGGAAGAACUGUGCCAGUCGCUGUGGCUGUCCCCUGGGAGUGCCCUGUCACCAUGUCACCGGCCGGUGCGGCUGCCCGCCAGGACUGACCGGCUCUGGAUGUGAAAAAUCCUGCCUGCCAGGGACCUUCGGGGAGGGCUGUGCUCAGAUCUGCCAGUGCGCCGGAGCCACCCAGGAAUGUCACCCUGUCACCGGGGCCUGUGUCUGUCCCCCUGGCUUCCAUGGUCCCGCCUGCCAGCUGGAGUGCUCCCCGGGCUGGUACGGCCGGGACUGUGCGAGGCCGUGCCAGUGCAGGAACGGGGGCAGCUGUGACACUGCCACGGGGAUGUGCCACUGCCCGGCCGGCUUCAUCGGCGCCGACUGCGCCAUCGGAUGUCCUGCUGGCCGCUAUGGCCAGGACUGUGCAGGGCUGUGCCCCUGUGGGGCUGGAGUUCCCUGUCACCCUGUCACUGGAGACUGCGUGUGCCCUCCGGGCAGAGCUGGCCCUACUUGUCAGCAAGGUUGUGAGAAGCACCGCUACGGGCUGGGCUGCCAGCAGCCCUGCUCCUGCCACAACGGGGGGCUCUGCGACCCCACCGAUGGCUCCUGCUCCUGUGCCCCGGGCUGGACGGGCAAAUCCUGCGAAUUAGAAUGCCCUCCGGGGAGCUUCGGUGCCGCCUGCCAGCUGCGCUGCUCCUGCCUGCACAACGCCACCUGCCACCCGGCCACCGGCACCUGCCGCUGCCCCGCCGGCCACUACGGGCCCCUGUGCGAGCACAGCUGUCCCCCGGGGUUCCAUGGAGAGGGCUGCCGGGAGCGCUGUGACUGCGAGCACGGGGCAGGCUGUGACCCCGCCACCGGGCGCUGCCGCUGUCCCCCGGGGCUGCGGGGCGAGCGCUGUCACACAGGCUGCAAGGAAGGAACGUAUGGCGAGGGGUGCCAGCAUCUCUGCGACUGCCCCAGCGAUGUCCCCUGCGACCCGGUCACGGGGCGCUGCCUGUGCCCCCCGGGCAAAACCGGCCCCACGUGUGCUGCAGACUGCCGGCCCACGCAGUUCGGCCCCGAGUGCCGCCUGGCAUGCCAGUGUGCCCCCAGCAGCUCCUACUGCAACGCCCGGAACGGGCAGUGCCUGUGCCUGAACGGCCACACGGGACCCACCUGCCGGGAAGCCACGCAGUCCCUGCCACCCACCAGGCCACCGCCACCCCCGGAGGGGCUCCAGCCAGCAGAGAAUGGCCUUCAACUUUUGGGUGCUGGGCUUGGGGAGGGGGCUGAAAUCAUGGUCCAAAUCAGGUAUUUAUGCAUCAAUAUUUAUGGGAAGCUGCACCACAGUGUUGUCAGGACUGAUGUCUGUUUCUCCUGAGACUGGGCCUCCUGUGGAUGCACCACCUCACUUGAAUUAUUUUUUUUUAAUUUGAGUUUUCCAUGGUGGUUUACUGUAAGUGACCAUUUGCCAGGGGAAAACAUGCAGGGCUCCAGCACUCACCUGCAGAGCUGGUGCCUCCUGACAGAACAGGCUGUGCUGGACAAGCUUGUCAGGGGCCUGGAGCCUGUUCUUCAUGCCAGGAGUUUGUGAGUCCAUGGCCCAGGAGUUUGUCAGUCUGUGGUGCUGCCCACGUCACUUACUCCAAGAAGAAGGAAUCCAAAAUCAAGUGUGGAAGUCAGAGAUUCUGCAUGGAUGGAGACAAAGAGCUGGCUCAUCUGGUCAAUGCAAAUCCCCAUUGGAAUGGGCUCUCCCAGCCCUGAAUCCUGAGUUAUUGUGCCAUGCCAGUCGUUGCCAGGAGUUGGCCACCUGCAGCAGCGGGGAAUGUCACCACUGCAGUGUCACCACAUCACCCUGGUCAGGGCCCAGGGCCCCCUUUGUCUGUUUGCACAAAGCUCCUGGGCAGGUGAAGCCACUGACAGAGGAACGCCAGCUCUGCAGAGAAGAGGACAGCCCCAUCCCAUCCCAUCCCAUCCCAUCCCCACAGGCAGCAGCACAGCCCUGCCCAGGCACUUGGCCUUUAAAUUAUUCCCACAGGGGCCAACUGAAAAUAAUAAAAGAAUUGUUUCUUUUCCUGAUGGAAUUUAUUUUAAUCUGUAUAUAACUUGUCAUUUUGGGCUAAUUCCUUUCUUAUUUUAUUUCUUCCUUAACAGUAUUUUUUUUUUACAUUAUCUAUCAUUCUUGUGAAGAAAUCAUGUUAAUAGAAGUAUGUAGUGAAGGACCAAAAUGGUGCUGUUGAGGUUGGAUGUUGGAUAAGCAGGGAGCAGGAAGGUUUUGUCCAUGUGCCAAAUGACCCCAGGCAGUGCUGCCAGUGGUGCUGCUGAUCUCCAGACAAUCAUCCCUCGGCUCCCCUUUGCCUGGAAGCUCCUGGGCCAUUACAGGAAGGUUCCAGUGACUGGGAGCAGCACAGGAGGAGGAGGAGGAGGCCAGUGGAGAUGCUGUGCCUCGAUGGCCCUGCUCCAGGAGAACAUGGAAACAGCCUUAAACUUGGGGAUGGAUCCAUCCUGUCCCAUUCCAGCUGCAGCUCCAUGACUCCUGGCAGCUGCUCAGAGCAAGCCCUGUACCUGUAUUUUUAUAUAAUGUUCUUUUCCUGUUCAUAUUUCUUAAUACGGUUUGUUUGCUUCCUCUUUUCUUGUACUGUGUCCCUUUUUGGAUCUUCUUUAAUUUAGCACUGAUGAAAAAUGUUACUUUCUCCACAGUUAAAAGAAAUAAACAGAACGUCUGGCUGA